AACCUUUCAUCAGAUAGAUUUCCUGUUUAUGUUCAAGAUGGCGGCGCGCUUACUGAGUCGUGUUGUACGACUAAAAGGUCAAAGGAAUUGCAAAUAUCCCAAUCGCAGUUUGUGUAGUGUCAAAGCUGAAGAUAAUGACAUCACAAAGAUUUCCCUUACUGAUAAAUUGCCCGGCUUACCAACACCACAGUAUGCAAAAGCUACUUGCCAGUCUUAUGAUACUCAUAUUACAACUCUAGACAAUGGGCUGAGAAUUGCUUCAGAGAAUAAAUUUGGACAAUUUUGUACUGUAGGAAUUUUGUUGGAAUCAGGCUCCAGGUUUGAAGCCUUGUAUCCUAGUGGCAUUGUACAUUUUUUGGAAAAAAUGUCAUUUGGGCCAACACCAUUGUGGAGCAGCAAAGAUAAAAUUUUACAAGAACUUGAGAAAGUUGGUGGUAUUUGUGAUUGCCAAGGAUCGAGAGAUACUUUAGUAUAUGCAGCUUCUGCAAGAACAUAUGGGCUUGAAUCAGUUAUGAACAUUUUGUCAGAUGUUGUUUUGAGGCCAGUUUACCCAGAUGAACAGAUAGAAGAUGCUCGACAAGCUAUUAGGUUUGAAAUUGAAGCCAUGCACAUGGAUCCUAAUCCAGAACAGUUAUUAGUAGAGAUGAUUCAUGCAGCAGCAUACAGGUCUAAUACAUUGGGAUUACCAAGGGUGUGUCCAGAGGAGAAUACAGAUAUAAUUACAAGGCAAACAUUAUACUCUUACAUGAAAGGCAGGCACCACCCUAAAAAUGCUGUCAUUGCUGGUGUCGGAGUUGACCAUGAAAAACUUGUCAGUCUGGCUCAAAAGUAUUUUGUUGAACAGAAAACUCCUGUGUGGUUGCCUGAUGGGGAAGUGUGGGGAAAGCAGGAGAUAGAAACGAAAUGUAUCUCACAAUACACAGGUGGGAUUUUACAGGUUGAAAAAGAUUUAUCCAAUGUUAGUCUGGGACCUACGCCAAUGCCAGAACUUGCUCAUGUGGUGUUUGGUUUGGAGAGCUGUAGCCACAAGGACCCAGACUUCAUUGCUUUCUGUGUUCUCAACAUGAUGCUUGGUGGAGGUGGCUCUUUCUCUGCUGGUGGACCAGGAAAAGGAAUGUACACACGACUUUACCUCAAUGUCUUGAAUAGGCAUGUUUGGAUUGAGAAUGCUACAGCUUACAAUCAUGCUUAUGAAGAUAGUGGAUUGUUUUGUAUACAUGCCAGUGCUCAUCCUUCGAAACUGAGAGAAUUGGUGGAAGUCAUUAUCAGAGAAAUUGUUUUCACAACAAGCAUGGUUUAUCCGGAGGAAUUAAACCGUGCUAAACGCCAGUUGCAGUCUAUGUUGAUGAUGAAUCUAGAAGUCAGACCUGUUGUUUUUGAAGAUAUAGGGCGUCAGGUUUUAGCUGGUUCAGUGAGGCGGACACCACAGUACUAUUAUGAUCAAAUUGGAAAUAUAUCUGAGCGAGACAUUCAGCGCGUGGCCUCUAGAAUGAUCAAGAGCAAACUCUCUGUUGCAGCAUAUGGAAGUCUUUCUGGUUUACCUUCUUAUGAGGAUAUGGAGACAGCAGUUCUUAGCAAAGAUGGAAGGCUUCCCAGCAAACAAAGUUUUUCAUUUUUUAGACGAUAAUGUUGGCUGUAAUUUCUUAAAUGUAAAAAGUAGAACUGGAAGCUCUAUAUGUACAUAUAAUAAAAAAACUUGGGUGGGUGGGUCUGCUUCAUUUGGUCUCCAGUCGAAGUCAUCACUAUAUUUUUGAUAUGCAUGGAAAUAGUUACACUAAAAAAAUUGGCUGAUUUAAUAAGCUUUCAAAAGACAGUCUAAAGUAUUGUAAUUUUUGGCCUUUUUUAAAAAAAAAAACAACUUUUUACACUGUUUUACACAUAUGAAUAAUUUUAAUUAUGAUACAGGCUAUAUGGGUGUUUAUUUAUCAAUUAGAUAGUGUAUUAGUCUACUUUUUUUCAUGGUCACUGCACAAUUUCUGAAAUCUAAAUUUUUUUUUACUGAUAUAACAAAUAUCCAGAAUUACAAACUUACAAUGCGGUCUAUAAAAUCAUCAGAAAAUGAUUGUGAAUGUGAUAUCACUUAUGACCUUAUGAUAGUGGUAUUGAGAAUGUUUUAUGUGAGCAUGUAAUACUGACUGUGUGGAUGCUGUAUGCCAGUGUGAUAGAGACUUAGAUUGAUAUGGACAGGGGAGAUAGUAAAAUGUAUUGCAAAAAGUGUUUUUUUUUUUGUAUGAUUAUUUUAUCAUUUUAAUAAAGGGCUUGUACAUUAUGUUUUAAACUCACAUUUUAUUUUUAGACAAGCAGUCAACAUUUAUUUAGCUACUACCUGUAAUCCUUUGGGUUUGUGUUAGGUGUCAUUGUUAGUAAUUAAAUCAAAAUGUUUGUUCAUUAAAACAUGUAUUCCAUUGUGUUAAAGAUAUAGUUUCCAAACAUAGAUGUAUUUGAGGGUAUUGUGGAAAACAAAAUGAUUAAAUGACAAACUAGGAGUAAAAAAAGUUUGAGACAUGAUAAGUUUUAUGACUAGAUGCUUAAAGCUUCUUGGGCUAUAGACAGAUAUAGUUACAGUUUAACCAAACCUACAGUGGUAGAAAAUAUUUGUAUUUUUAAUAUUGAAGCCCUAGAAUCUCCAUCUGCUCUGUUUUUUAAUUAAAAGCUCUAGAGAUUUCCUCAUCUGCAAUAGGCUUUUACUAAUGUUUGUUUAAAUUUCUAGUAGUGAUAUAAAAUUUAUUAAAUUGAAGAAAAGUUUACAGUGGUCUUUGGUAAGUAAUUUUUUGAGAGUGCAUUUAAUGUUUCCUUUUUUUUUUAAGCUGAGCUUUGACACUGAGUCAGAAUACACCAUGUGUAAAAUAAACUUCCCCUUUCAGACAUGUGAUCUAUGGGGCAAAUGAUGUUAAGGUCAUCUGUUUCUUAGGCCAACAGUUAACGAGCAGGGUUUCAUGUGGCCAGUACAAUGACCAACCACCUUUACUUUCCCCAACUAAAGUCAAGUACCUUUUAGAGCUGGGUGGAUUCAGGGGUGCCCUAAAAAUCCAGAAUUUCAAACUCCUAGUCUUCACUGAGAUUACCCAAGGCCCCAGGUUGGGAAGCCAACGCUUAAACGCUCAGCCACCGCACCCCAUACACCAUGUGUACCUUGUAAUAUUGUGUUCACUGCCCUUUACCAAAUGUGAAAUCAGUAUGAGAGUGUAAGUUUUAUUCAUUUAUGUUCAGGUCAUUAAAAUGAUGAUGUGGAAAUAAAUUUGUUUUGAUUAUUAAAUAA